CUCUCCGCGUGGCGUGAUCCUCAUGGGAGAACCAUGGAUACUAUAGAACAUAUCAUCGUCCUUCUCUCUGGAUUAUUUAUACUCGUGAAUCAAGGUGUGGGCUUCAAGGUGUCCGGCCCAGACGCGCCCCUGAUCGUCGACAGGGGCCAAAACAUCACACUGAACUGUUUCAUAAAGGGAGCCGGCUUCAACGGGCUGCACCAUACCAUACAAUGGGUGAAGCUCGUGAAAGGCGGCCACAACAUCAUCAGUGCUAACACCAUCGUAAUGACUGAGAUACCAUCAAGAUAUUCUAUAGAGAUACAGACGCAUACCGAGACGCUAUUUGAUCUUCAGUUAAAAAUAUCAGGUGCUACAAUGGCGGAGAACGGUACAUUUGUGUGCGAAGUGCUGGACCAGGGGGGCCACAAGGUCAAGGGUAACAUAUCAAGAAGUGUUUUAGUCAGAGACUAUAUCAGUGGCAUUGAUCUUAUUUAUGUGCGGAAUGGUACAAACGACACCAGCAACGACAUGAACCUCGUUAUGGAACUCGAGAAACCAACAGACAUCACGUGUCAGACUGUGGGAGGAAAUCCCGUUCCUAGGAUACAUGUCUACUUAGGGCGUGGAAACGAGAAUAUCACUGACCGCUUCACCAAGAAGACAAUUUCGGUGAUUCACCCGUACUUCAUAAACAUAUGGAAAAUGGAUUUCAAAUACAAUUACCAGCUGACAUGUACGACGUGUAAGUUUAGAGUAGAGGACAACGGCAAGGAGAUAGGAUGUGUCGCCACGGUGCCGGGGCUAGGGAGCACAGUUACCACAUCUAAGACAUUAAAAUUAAUCUAUGAACCAAAAAUAACAUGUCCAGGCCGCGUGAUAACAGCAAGAGGAAAGACCAACUUCCACAUCAUGUGCCAGGUGAAAGCGAACCCAGCUCCACAUGUCAUCAAGUGGCGGAUAGGCAAGAUGAACAUGCGAGACGGCGACACCAACAGAGAUUUCAAAGUUAGCCAAGAAAAGAUCGAUGAGGAUACUUUCAAUACCACAUUGAUAAUAAACGAGGUGGACGAGAACAAGUUCAAGAACGAUUAUGCAGUAGUGGCGAGGAGUUCGUAUGGUUCAUCCUUAGCUAGAAUCAUAUUAAAAGAGGGCAGCACAGGGAAACCUUUGAGAAAGUUACGGGACAAACAAAAACAACAGGCAAAAGGUCAGUCUAAAGGACCUGUUUACAGUACGAUUAAGACGCCGCCGAAGUACGGUCAUGCUGGUAAAAGUACCCACCAGGGAUCUAAGGCCAUAUCAUCGAGUAUUUACCUCACCGUUAUGAUGGCAAUGCUGUUUAUGUUACUGCGAUGUUGAGUUAUGCUGCCAGGUGAUAAGGUUUUGAUAUAUUUUUGACAUCGACGCCGAGGUAUACUGAGAAACAAGCUGCGACGAUUUUUGAGAGAAAAUGUUUCAAAAACAUUCCAGAAGAAAUCGGGCACACAAGACUAAGAUACCCACGAUCUCUUUUCGACGGGACUCUGGAGGAUAAUGCUGGCGCAUCAUCUUACGGUGAAUUGUGCAGCAGACGAUCGAAAGAGCGGAUUGAGAAAAUGUAGUCGUUGUAAUUGUGAACAGCCAUCCUAUCCCAGCAGAAGUCAUUGCAUUCAUGCAAAUUGUUAUUUUAACUGCAUUAUGACUGUUUAUUUUUUAUUUUCUGUUUUACAAUGACAGCUAUCCCAGAUAUGUCAAAAUUGACCUCAACGUAAUUUCGUCUGAAAAAGCAAAGCAUUGAUGGUCAUUUUCGUAUUUAAAUGCAUUUGUGUGAUUACUGCAAAAUUAUCAUGAAAUCGGUUUGAAUUUUUACAUCCAUAUAUAUACAUACCCAAGUCGUCGAUGUGUAGAUAAUGUUCGUAUCUACAGCUUUAUGACAAAGGGAUAAUAAUCGAGGUUGACGAGAAGAUUUUGUAAAUAACUCAGGUAGAGCUUCGUCAAGUCUAGACAUUGCGUGUUUCGUUUGUAAAAUAUAAUUUUGGAGAAAACAAUUUGUUCUCCCAAGUCCACAAAAUAUCCAUCCUGAAUUAUCAAGAUCGAUCUCGCUGCGGGAUUGACCUCAAGACUGUGACGAGGUGUGCUGGGUGACGUGCUGCGGGUAUUCGGUUGUCAAAGCCAUCUAGGUGGUAUCUGCAGCACCACCUUCUUGUUGUUUGGAUGUGUUUUUUUUUAAUUGCAGGCAUUGUCGAUGGUGCUGGGGAGGGAGAGGGUAACGACCUAUUUUGGACAGCUUUUCGUCGCCUAUAUAUAUUCCAAGUUUUCCCAGCGUCUUGGGGUCAAUAUCGCUGUAGAGUAACCUCUGAUAAUUUCGGAUGACAGAAACCGAUGAUUAACAUGAUAAAGCUAUUCAAAAGUCUAUAACUAAUUCACCCUCUUCCGCUUAUAUAAAAAAACUGGCAUAAAUGAGAGCGAGGCUCUUGCCUCUUGUUCUUCUCUUAAUCGAUUUCUGGCACUAUUUCAGGCACAGAUUUUCAGAUGCUCUGUGUUGGUUCCAGAUCUGCUCACCUCAACUUUGGCAGCCAUUUUAACCAUUGCAUCUGUGUUACUGUGUUUAAAAUGCCGGCCAGAGAGUCUUAUGAAUCAACAUGUCUGACGUGGCAUUUGCCAUGGAUGUGUGCAGUGUAUUUUACUGAUUUUGUCUACUUACUCCUUUUCCUCUGUAUUUCGCAACAAACAUUCAGAGUAUUUUUGUCAUUGAAGAUGGAUUUUCAGGGGUGGGUUGUUUAAAUUGAUAAUUUACACAGUUGGCGUUCACUUUCUCCCUGCAUUACCGGCACUUAGCUGGCUGACACUGAUAAAGCUGGCUUAUUCUGAUGUGCGUUAUAGUUGGUAGCGUCCCUGUACCGGCAUUAUAGUUUGCUCCAAGAUGAUGAGAAGUUUUUAGGUACGUUUAAUAUAAUUCAGAGAGAAACUUUAGUAAUGACGUUUCUCAUCAUCUGAGAGCAAGUACAAAACAAUGCGUAUGAUUUCGAUAUGAUUUCUAGUGCGUUUUCAUCAUACUGAUUGAAUUUCUAUAAGUGAGAUUAGAAUGUAGAGAUAACUUAGUUAAACCCCGUGUUAAAUUCAAUAAACUUUGGCACCAGUGCUACAGCUGAAUUGAACAACCUCUCCUCGGCCAAUCCUUUUCUGACAACGGUGAGUUUAUACUUAGAUAUAAUAUAUCUAUGUCUAAAAGAAUAUGACAAAAAAUACCCUAUCUACCAUAGCAAAACGCAGAAAAUACCAUAGAUAAAAAUGUAAGACUAGGCAAUGCAUAACACGUUUUAUAAAGAGUUAAUGGGGAUACAUAUUGUGGGUAUCUAAGACAUGCUUCUCAAAGUCACCGUUCAAUUCAUCAGAAAGGAAGCAUUGGGUGAUAUGAAUAAAGACUAGCAAAUGCUUUUACUUCAAUUUUGUACAGAAAGGGCUAGUGUAAAUGUACAUGGAGUUUUAGAUAAAAGCAUUUGCUAGUUUUUAUUCAUAUCACCCAAUGUGUAGUCGUGGUGCCAAGUCCAUACAAAGCAAACCUAUUAUGCGUUGUUUGGUCUUAAGAUUGGUUUCUACGAGAGUAGGAACCGCCGAUGUCAGUUGUUUUCUCGGAAACUUAACUUAACAUGAAACCUGUUGAACACGGGAAACCACCAACACUGUCUCUCUGUUAAACAGAGUCGAUUAAUAGAUAUAUUUGUACUUGAUGUCAAAAUGAGAUAUUGCCCCUAGAUGUCCAAAAUGUUCAUUUUUUCCAAAGAUAGCAUCAAAGCCAUUUUACAUACGUUCUAUGAUUCUUUUAUCGAUUAUCUUUUAUUUGAUGUUUUCAUUUUAGAUUUGUUCUGACAUACCAAUGUUAUUUACCUUCUGCUGUUGUUUUCUGAUCAGGCGAUACGAGUUUGUCGACAAUAUCAACACCAUAUAUACAUGUGUGUUGAGUUGAAGCACAUAAUUUGGAGUAUAUUUUUGCAAGUCAUAGAAAGAGCCUAUAUGGUGAAGAACAAUACAAUAUCAUGAUUCGUGCAUUGUCUAAAUAAAUAGAAGUCGUUGGAUUCCUUCCGAUAGAAAAGUCAUUUAGUCGCCAUGCCAUUGAUUCAAUGAUACCGUACACAUAAUUCAUGAUUAGGCCUAUAACUACACGCAGAUUUCUUGGCAAAAAAUAAAUUCAAAGUGUGACAUCUAUUUAAAGGUACAAACGUCUUCUGAUACCUUAAUUAAUCAUUAAAGACAAUGUUCCUUCCUACAAAAUUUGAGAUUUUAAUAGAACUUGAGAUUUUUUAAUUAUGCAAAUGAACUGAACACUUACAUGUUUUCCAUUAUGCUAUUGUGUAAACCAAUAAAAAACACCAUAAAUGCCAGAUUUCAUCACACUGGUGUGUGGACCUCUAAUUGCAAGCAGGUUGCGUGCAAAUUAUGUACACACAAACGAAUAUGGCGUCAGGUUUUACUUUUGUCUUAUUUUGAGUUCACCGCCAACAGUUGUAUUCGCCCUCAACGAUUAAUGGAAUGAAACCAGUAAAAUGAACAGUGAUUACCAUAACAAAGUAAACAAUGUACCAACAUGUGCCAGAUAUAAUCAUGCAGGAUGCAGAUUAACAUUUUCUCCAUUUCUGUGAUUUUACCAGAUUUGGCACUCUCUGAUGAACACUUUUUUGAUGUCAAAAAUAACAGUAUUAAACAAAUGCCAGGCAGGUGCAGACUGAUUAAUAACCAGAAAUCUGAACAACAGUUAUUUAUUUGUUUACUUGUAUUGCGAUUUAAACCACUGUGAAGCUAUAAGUCUCUUGAGUUAGAAUUUUUUAGAUCUAUUCUCGAUUGUCUUGUUAGAGGGCUGUGAGAGAAAAAUGAGACAAUAUCAGCCGGCAACUAAGAACACUUAUUGUGUAACGAUGGCCGGGAACUGUGUACUCCGGUCUAGACGACUUUUAUGGCAAUGCAUAACGCAUUUAUUAAAGUACCACUUGUACAUAUUUACAGAAAAUUGACCAAAUCAUUGUAAUCCCAAAGUGCAGUCGAUUUAUCAGGAUAGACCCUGUGUUGUAAUUUAAUGCCACAAUAUGGUUGCAUAACUCAUAUGAAUCUCACAGCCUACUCGUCUGGCAUGGCGUGCCAGUAGGACAUUUUGAACGUGGUUGCCUAUUCAUGGCCCAUGUGAAUGCCAUAUCAUUGCAAGCCAGCUUUCGAUAGCUCCACAAUACCUGAUCUUUUCCUCAUUUUGUCUAAGUUUCCAAUAGUCACCGAGCUAUAGUUACAAGGAGGAUUUGCGUUGGAGAAGGUACUCGAAUUAUAGUGUGUAUAAUAAUGGGACUAUGGAAGGCUGUGCGAAACGAAACAGGCGAUAUGACCAUAUCAUCAGAGAGUAUGUAUUCAUGUACUGGCUCCUGAGGAACAAAGGCUUUUGCCUUCAUAAGGAUGUUUACCACAUUGCGUUUUAUUUCUAUUGUCCUACUGAUUAUUGUUUAACGAUUACUUACCUAUUAUCUAUAUUACUAUUUAGUCAAUGUUUAGUUAACUGCAAUUAUCCUGUGGUGAUGUUAUGUAGUUCAUUCUGCUUCCGAAAGAUGGCGAUAUUAACAUUAUAACCAUAGACAUUUCUUGUGAUUUUCCGCACAUAUUUUAUUAGUUAUUUAUAUUUGCAAAAUAACCUGACAUUUUACAAAUUAUUAUUCCAAGCCAGCAAAACCCAAUCCAUGUUGUAAUCAUGACGUGUGCACUAUUUUUCGAUAAAGAUAAUGUAUGGCGAUAAGGCAUUUUUCAUGUGAACUUGAGUUAUCCUUUCAAUUGUAAGGUUUUAGGGAGUUGUGCUAAAGGUGCGACAGCUUUAACACGGUAAAGAUAGAAUAGGUUCUGGUCUUGUUUACCAAUAACAACAACAACAACAAAUACAACCUGUUCAGUUAUUAAGCCUGAGCGAGACUAGUUUGGCGGCCUUGCUUAUCAUGUGGCUUUGUUGAUUCAGCUGAUAUCCUCGUUUAGAAGAGGUCUAAUAAUAUGCACAAUAAGAUCAUCAUUUGAUAGACAAAGGUCAAAGUGAAAGGAUGACUCAAAGUCAACGAAUGCUCGCAAAUUGCACAAAAAAAACUGUGAAAAAUUAUAUGGCAAAUUUUAAGUCAAAUCUAUAACAUUGCACCGAACGUGUUGAAAUGAGAUAUUUGUAUACUACGCGUAUUAUGAACUAUCCGCUGAUUAUUUAUUGUAACCAUUAUUGUGUAGUUGUUGUGUUAAUUAAGUUGUUUUACUUCUAUCAUUGAUGUGAAAAGCGAUAAGAUAUUUAACCUGAUUCACUGCUGUACUGUUGUGUUCUGUGGUACCACAUGUUCCCAAGCAUUUCCAGCGAGACGUUUCUUCCCCUUCCGUGGGGCACUGCCUAGCAAAAACCUGAAGGUGGCUGCAGCGCCCACUGGCAGAGGUUGAAACAAAAUUCUCGGAUGAAAUUGUGAGACAUAGGUCGUUUUGAUAAUCUUUAAUUCUCAAUGACGAUCGUUUAUUAAGGCGUAGAGAAUCUUUUAGUCGUCAAUGUUCUCCAAGAGUGGCUGAAAAUAAGCCUACUCUCAUCUCUGGUGUAAGAUCUAUGGACUAAAAACGUUUUGUCAACAGCCCUUCACAACAAUCGGAAGUCCCAAUCCAAAACAACCAGUUGUGAUUAGUUCAUUUUCUGAAAUCUAAGCUUUGAUUGGCCCCAUCCGAUCGUGUCUAGAUUUGAUUGGUUCAUUUACUGACAUAUACUGCAGAAAUUAAAAUCAACGCCUCUGAUUGGACGUGGAAAUGUUUUAACCUUUUCUGGAUCAAAAUUCCGACCAAGACUGUGUAGAAGCUUGGUAUCCUCACUCCUACUGAUUUGGUGAUAAUAAUUGAGCCUUGUUUAUUUAUGAUAUCCUGGUCACCAUAGCGAUUAAACAAAGCUAACUUCGUAAGUUUUGUUUAAAUCCAUCUCGGGUUUGCCUGAUCACCUGCUCAUCAUGAUAUUUGGUUCUACCACCUGCAUCAUCUUAAUUAGUGCAUCACAAGAGUGUAUCUGCUGUACUACAACAGAAAAAUCACCGUGACCUUUUUUCUAAGAGCCCACCAUAUUCUUUUAAUGAGAAUCGUGGCGUAUCAUCACACAAGUAAAGUUCCUGCUCUGAUACUUGACUGUAUGACGGAGUAUUCUUGUUCUGUUAAGGUUUUGGCCAGAUCAUUCUUAGACGAAGACCUUAUGAAGAAAUACGAAACGCCAUAGAGACCCUUGGUAGGAAACUGAUGCACAAUUUCAGGCAUAUUAGACAAUUUGUCAUCAAGCCUCACUAGUACCAAGUACAUGUACUAUAUUUUGUUUUAUUUUCUGUCAAUUUUAACCAAUCAAUAUAUCUUUACGUCGAAUAACAAGACAUUAGUUGAAGGUCUAUAAUCAGUAACACGUGCUCUGUUGUGCAAUAUGUACAGUAAAUCUGGAUCUAGGUGAUGGAGAUAGUAUAUGCUACUGCGACGAUACCUGGCUGGUUGGAUCAAAACUAAAUGUUGAGCCUCAGGUUCGUGUAACUUGGGGUAGAACUAUCGAUGUCUGAGUUAUAGUUCUAUCAUACCGAAUCAGUACUGUUACGUUUAAUUGGCACGUUUGAUGUUUCAGUUGCUUUUUAUUUCAUAGAUGUAAAUUGUCAUAUUUCUGGGCAAUUUGUCCCUGGAAAAAAUAAGAAUGUAGUCAUUGUAUGGCCAGCGCUGUAAAUAAUGCGUGUGUAUAUUAUCAUGAAGUCACCAAACUUGAAAUACAAAUGUACUGUGUCACAAAUGUUCUGUAAAUGAUGGAUUAAGUGCGUAUAUGGUCGCCGGCUGAUAAACAGUCUGAUUAGUCUCGCUCUACCGAAUGAGUUCAUGGUGUUCCCAUCCUCUAUAUAACCUAACCUCCCUGCUGCAUGAGACUAAGUCCUUAUCAGUUGUCGACCAAGUUCGCGUAAACGUUGUUCGCUAGGCAUCAUCAAUAUUUUCUGGAAAACAUUCAAGAAUUUUCCAAUACUAUAUACGAUAUUAUACAACCGGUGUAGGCGAUGUGUUGUCAUCAUGAGAAGGGGGUCUCGAAAGAAUUGAGAUAUACGGGGGUGGUCAUUUCGAUUUUACCCCUCCUGUCGGUAGUUUCAGUUGUGCCAAUAACCUGUUGAACUGUAAAAUGGCGUGACGUCACAAUGUAUAGGUGUGUCGUAUUUGAAUUGUAUAUAGCAAAUCAAUCCUGAAGGCAAAACGGUUUUCUCCAUUGUUCGCUCCUGGUGCUUCUGGGCUUUGCUUCGGUGAUGUUGGUAUCUUUCACAACGCCGCCUAUUGGCAAGGUCUUGAACCUCAUCAGCCAUUUUGGUGUUUCACCUAUUGCAUCAUAAAGAAACAGUGUCGCACAGCUAGUGUGCUAUGGGACACCUUUUUAACUGGAAAAUACUUUGAAGGAUAUCAUUUUUUGCCAUUUAUAUACCAUUUCCACUAAGAAAGUAUAUUUAGUCCAGACUAACCAAACCGGCUUCAGAUUUUAUAAGCAUUUGAUGUAAACUUUUUAUUGUCACCAUAUUACACGAAAAUCGCACCGUUAGGCGGCGUGUUGCAUCGCGGUCCCUCUGGGUCAGAUCAAGUUUUAACCGGGAUUUUCUAAUUUUAAUACAAAAGGGUUUUUCUGAAGUUUCCGGCACUUUACGCGUGUUUUUCAUAUCCGGGGAGUGUUUCACCGUCUUCUCGUACUGGAUCAGCAUAUUGGGUGGCAUUUUGUGAUCGAAAGAUAUUGCCAGAGUUAAUGUUUAAUGAAUUAAUGGGCUGUGGAACAUUAGAAAACACGCGUUAUGUGCGGCCGGAUUUGGGGACAAAAGGGUGGCAUGUUUUUGAUAUGUUUGCGACAUGUCUAUCCGUACACCGCGUGUAUUUGUAAAGAUGUAAAUAGAUGUGAACAGUGUACAAAAUAAACAAGAUGUUAUUGUAUUAGAUUAAAUUACCGGUAACUUUAUUGUAGCAAUGGUCGUCUUAUUCAGAUGAAUUGGGUGGCAAGAUUGUUCCUGCUGCCCCUUUUUGGGUUAUACUUGACGAGAACAAGAGGAGAAGGGUUUAGUUUGUUUCCAAAUAAUGCCGCGCCAGCAUCGUUAAAUAAUGCUGAAAUUGAUAUCUGAUGUAUGAGUUAAUGUGUAAACAAAAACCAGUUUAGCAAUUCAUGUUUCCGACUUUUGCUUAUAAGGAUGACUCGUUAUAGUUAUAUCUAGAAUUGAAAUUGUUUUGAAUCGCUUCGUGUCAAGGCUUGACAGUGCCAACCACACACGUUAUGUUGUGUAUGGUUAUGUUUCACUCACUUACCAGAAUUCCUCGAAUCAAAAACCGGGCGCCAUCUUGGUUCUCCAAAAACCUGAAUAAAUCCGUGGUGCUGAUGUUUGCAGGUCCAUGUACACAUUGUUACUUUUUACAUCGAGCAAUCAAACCAACUAACAUGGCGACCGCCCGGUGAAUUCGAUGAAUAAAAAUGCACUGCUUAGGUGACGUGCACAUUUCUUGUUUUUGUUAAGAGUAAUUUCUACAUUAUGCUAGUAUUUUCUCCAAUCUUGUACCAUAACCAAUUUUUCUUGUUGUCGACAUUAUUCCAUAUUCUGUGCACGUUGCUUGCAAUCUCUGAAUCAAAGCUGACCGCAGUGUAUCGUCGUGUAUAGCCAAGAACGUGGUCUGGUACAUGGCAGUGUUAAGCCAGGAGUUCUUCCCACGUAGAUUACCAAUGCACUCGUCCCCAGGCCGGAAUACUGUAUAUUGUUUAGGACCCGCUCUCAACCUGAUAUUGUCAUAUCCUCCGGGGGUCACGUGACAUUUUUAGUUAACCUCAUUGGCCGGCUUCUUCAAAGCCACGACGGGUGCUCUAUUGCGAGAAUCUCAGAUUUUUGUAGCCUUAGUCUUUCCGUUUGAAAAAAAAUCGAAAAUGUCGUUGAAAGUUAACGCCUCCCCCAAAUCACGGACAUACAAAUACCAGUAUUUUAAAACAUAGUGCAGUAGCUGACUCGAUAUGGCUAAGACAUGUUAGAUGGUGUGCAUGUAAAAACCUACGUGGGACUUGCUUCUUAUAUGACCUCGCUCUAAUCUAGUCUUGUAUCAGGCAAUAUUUUAUCAUGCGUGAUUAUUGACCUCAGGUGGCAUUUGUGUUGCGCACGCGCAUUUUUGAAGCGGUGGUGCGAAAAGUCACCGGGUUUAAACAUUGAAUUGAGAAGUUGCUUAGUAACCUUUUUGUUUUGUUUAUUUAUAACUAUCAAUAUUUUGUCUUUUUAUCAGAUAUUUUCAUCUGGCUGUUCUACCCAUAUUAUUCAUAUAUAUAUACAUCAAGUAAAUAGAGUAAAUGCAUGAAUGUAAUGGUAUGACUAUGGUCAUGUGCAGUCAUACCUUCAUGAUCAUUCCGUUAUGAUUCUAGUUAUAUUGUGUCUUCUGUGUAGUUAAACUCCCAUUGAUGAUCACCAAUCAUUUAGCUUUAACCCAUUUCAACCGACAUUAUAUUUUACAUUGUUUCGAGUUCUCCAAAUGCGUUCACCAAUAUAAGCAAAUCACUGUGAACAAGAAUGCUAGUAAUGCUGAGGAAGAUGUCGUCUAUUCAUUACCUUAUUUACAUUGAGUGUAGUCAUAACAUUAAGUGGAGUAAUUUACAACGAUUAUGAACAUUGGAAACGAAAACCAGCAAGAAUAAUAUCUUUAUUGUAAGAGUAAUGUGGUAGCAGGAACGUCUUAGCUCUAGAAGGUCUAAACAUGUCUAUUAUGCAUUGGUGCACAACACACUCAGCUGCCGUGAGACGCACUGAUGUACCGCGCACAACUGUCGAGAUUUGCCAAAUGAUGAUAUGUCAGAACUCUUUAUCCUAACGAAAUGGCGCACUUCAGUGUCGUUUUCAAAUUGGUUUUAAGUUUCAAUUUCAAGACCUUUAUACAUCAAGGAACAUCGCGACGCUGAAUGUCAGACCUUUGACUGGGCGAAUAAAACGGGUCUAUCGAAUAGUAGGCCCAUUAACAAAACAAUCAACCUUUUCUUAGGCUUUAGCAAUCAUGUAAAGAAUAAUCUUAUAGCACAUGUUAUGUACGUUUCAAAUAGAUUGUGAAUUAGCCGUUAAUAAUCAAGAACACUUCACGAAAUCUAAAGUUGCGCAGAUGUGUUCAACUCUUCCCUUUUGAGAAAGCUGCAAUCGUAAGUCAAGAUUAUUCGCCGCCUGUUUACCAAUAACAAUUCUAAACUAUCCUAACGAAAUGUGAUAAAACGUGAACAAUAUACACAUCAACAAUACACUCUAGCUAUUAAGUCAUUAAACUUAAAUCUGGUCAAUACGACAGUGACUCACCAGGGGGUGUUGUUUGGACAUGAGGUGGCAGCACUGUUCCCAACGUGAUGUGGUCGAGGUACUGACCCCGACGUUUGAUUUAGCAUGUUUGACCUCAACUCUUCCUGUGCCCGAUCUUACACUUCGGGUCUUAUACCAGCGUACUUUACUUAAUACAGUUAUAUGGUCCGAUUAAAGUUAUGUGAAGUUUUCAGUUUUGAAUAAAAGGAAAUGAUAACCAAGUAAGGCUCUGUUGACUAAAGGGAAGUAGGAAGGUUAAAGACGAACAUUCAUCACGAGCUCGAGUACCGGGUUUUAUGGCCCGCGUGAAUGUGUGGCGACAUUAUUUUAAGGCCGACUCGUCAAACAAAAGAUAAAGUAAAGUUGCUUCAAAACCCAGGAUCUAGUCAUGUGACAGCUAUGAAAUUAUAUCAACUAUCACUGUGGGUUUUUGCUUCUGCAGACGUCCAACAGUAGUAUCUUAUCAUGUUGAAGUUUAGUUUGGAGCAGACUGAGGUAGAUGUCUUUAGCAUCACGAUACAAAAAUAAAACAAUUUACACCUAUGUGUGCUGCCUUUAACUAACGUUUCUUCCUUUAAUGCUAUUCCAAUGAAUUCUAAUGACACCCAGGUGAGUUGUAUGAAAAUGUUCUUGUAUCAUGAUUUGCGCAAGUUGUCUUUUCACAUCCAUACAUCGUCAAAUAUGUCUUAAGCUGUGUUUUACAUGACAUUGAGUCGAUCUACGACUGCUUGAAGGGUUUAAUGUCGAGCGUAGCACUAUACAGGACUUUUUUUAUCAUUGUAUUCAUGUAUUGUAAUACAGUAGAGUGCCCACUAAUUGAGAUUUGCAUUUCACGAGUGAGUUUUAUUUUUCUCUUUCCUAAACAAUGUGAAAACCUCAACACCGUGUGUGGUUUCAUCUGUUGUUUCUAAUCGAUUGGUCAAAUAAGCUUAGAGCGAACAAGCUUGAUCUUGGUACGAAAUGUCGCUGUCGUGUCAGUCAUGGAAAAUAGAGCUAAUUACCUUCCACAAUAGCAACAAAAUAGUGCACCACUCUCUCAUCCAAGUGGUCGUUUCGUAUAAGUCCCUUAGUAGCUACUCAAGAUAAAAAAUAAUGCUUCCUUUUUGUAGUUUUAGGUGAGGAGAUACUAGUAAUUUGAUUCACAAACCCCAGCGAAGAUAUUGUAAAAAAAAUUAAUCACCGAAAUUAACUGAGCUCUAAGAUAGCAUAAGUCUCCGCUUCCCUAGUACAUGGCAAGCUUAUACAAUUGAGUCAAUGGUAGGUAUUAAUGUGUUAGCAAAGAUUCAAUAUAUACUUCUUCCUGAUGGUAUUUUAAAAGUAGCAAAUAUUUGUACUUGUCAUAAUAUUCCCUAGCAGAAAAUACAUUGAUCAAUGAACAAUCAGUUACCUUGCGUCUUCAAAUGACUGCAUUGAGUUAUGAACAGGUAUGUCGAUAUGGCGUUGCUUCCUCCUGCAGGUUUUUCAAGCGCGUUUGAUAAUAUAGUGCAAACCAAAUAUAUCGUUGAACGCCAUUUAUAAACACUUUAUGCCUAUCUUUGUAUGUAUUGAGACGUCUGAGAUAGCAACCGUAGGUAAGAUAAUGAUGAGAACAUUAAUACCAACGAUUUGGAAUACUACCUCUGUCUUGAAGAUUUUGCUCUUUUGUUUUCUUGCAGUGAUCUUUUCAAAGGUUGAAUACGCUAUUAACGGUAUAGUGAGAUGUACCGGUCAUUGUGCGUUUCAUUGAAAAAGUAUAACUGAUCUAACGAAAGGAUGAUACUAACCUAUUAUAACCCAUAUUAUUACCAAUUUGAUAACAUCUUCCUUUGAAACGUUCAACAGCACAAAGCUAACGUUACUUUGAAUAAUCUAUAACGUCACGUUAAGUAACAAUAAAGAUGUUAAUCUCUUUCGUGUAUCCCUUUUCAUUUUUCACGUUAAGCUAACAUGGUUUUGAACAACCCAGCUAACCAAAACGUAUUCACAAAAGUCUAACUUCCGGGGGGUGCCCCAGGGUGCGCCCUGACGCGCUGCCAGCACUUAAAACCUGUUGGCUUUUGACAAAUGUUACCAAUCGUGUUCCCGCCAAGCUAAGUCCUGUGCCUGGCCUGGAGUACAUAUCAUGUGAGGCUGGCGUUGCACGCAAACAGCCCGACUUGGGUCGAAAAGUUUGACGCUCAUUCUUGGCCAGGCAUUGUCCGUAUUUUGGCUAGGCUGAGUGAUUGUUUUAGAUACCUUAGACUUUGAAUACAUUUUGUUCAGCUGCUGUGUUGCCUCUGUGAAAUCACCUAGAGAAUCUGAGUUUCCUCGUGAAAUGGACUCAAGUCAACAACGAUACCUUAGUUAUAUUAGAAGCUUGGUAUACGGUAUCAAUGUUAACUAUUUUUGAUGGGUAAAUGGUGUCUAUUACUGAUUACGUAUAUGUAACUCAUUCCGUGCUCGUUGCUUAUGUUACCAUUUAUUUCUUAACCUUUUGGUUGAGUCCUCGUUGAAUAAUUUCUAAAUUCGUUUCAUAUAUUAUUAUCCAGACAUGCCAGAUAGCGAUGAUUACAUGUAUAUGGAUUUCUGAGUCUGUUACUUUACACACUUAAUAUAUUCAAGCCGGCAAAAGAUGGUUCUAUUAUAUUAUGAGUAAGCUAUACCUUAUCAUCCUUUUGUUGUAUUAAUGUUAUCGUAAGGGUUUAUUCCCAAGAAACACUAAUAUUACCACAUGAGUCUGUGAUUAUUAAUCACACCAGCACCAGAUACGGUGGCACGUUGCUGUUCCUCAAGAUCUGGUGGUGGACUUUCAUUAGGAUUCGCCGAUAUUGUUACAAAAGGGUUUUUGUUAUUGACGACAGGUGGUGUGCAUCGACCAUGAAUACAAUGCCCAAAGGCGGCUUCAUGCCAUUUUCUCAAUGUACAUCUUGGUUGUUUUCUCAUUCUUUAUAAAUUUUCCAGUAGUUUUUGUUUUGAACUCUUUUGGGGACGCCAUGUGCCGCAAUACCUGAACAAUUCCGGCUGAAUAGAGAAUCAAUUGUUUAUAUCUUCGGCACCAGCUCUUGUUACUUAAUAUACAUAACUCGUGAGAUAUCAAUAUCGUGCUGUGUCCCCCUUCUCGUUGUUUCCCUCUAGCUCAUUCUUGAUCGUGUCUGAGAAACCUACAGUGUGCACCAAAAAGGCCCUAAGCUCUCUUGUCAAUGUGUGCCACAGGCGCUCUCUCUUUUCCAUAUUAUGUCAUGUAAGCUGAUCACAGAAUACUCUUGCUUCAUCUUUACAAAGCCAAUUGCUAAUCCUGUCGUAGUCUUUCUCUGCAUCCAUAGAUUAUUCUAAGCAAUAGCAGGAUUUGCAUUUGUGACAAAUGAAACAAUCAGGCGACAUAUGCAGCGACCAACACAGUCAACAAUAAGGGGCUGUAUCGCCAAAAGGUGGCAGUAUAGUUAGCAUUCCUCAUUCUGCGGGAGAUGUCAUGCGGAUCAAUCUGAUUUUAAACAACUGAAACUAGUGUAUUCAUUCAGUUCCACAGAUAUUCCUAAUUCACAUGUAAACACGUUUAAGCUUCCUACUCUAACCUUUGGCGACGGUAGGGUAUGGAACGUAUUACCUGAUGUAGGACUGAUUCGAACAUCACGUGUUGCCGAGGAUUGCUCCAGAACCAUAUAAGUAAUUGUCAGAAAUAUUGACAUAACCAUUCAUUUGAAAGUUCACCAUUAGAGCAUGUUGUUCAUAACAACAUGGCAUUAAGUUUAACUUGGCGUUCAGUCUAAUGGUCUUAACUGUAGGAGAUCACGUUAAAGGAAACGCAUAUGCACACGACUUCCAAUGCGAGUGGGGAGUCUGAAAGGUUUCUUAACCCCUCCAUUGCCUAUGCUUUACCUUUAAGUAUAGUGAUACAUAUAACCUGUUUUGGACAACUGGGAUCAAGCUCUUGGUGAUGGUGAUAUUUUGUUUCAAAUUAGUCCUUCUCCAGAGUAAAAACUGUUAAAAGAACGAUGUUUACACGGUAUAACUUAGUGUAACAGUGGCAAUGCAUAAUGACCUUUAGUGUAAACCCAAGUAUGCCGUACUGCCCGUACAUAGUGUGCGUUCCGUAUGUAAAAUGUACAGGUGCUGCGACAUACAUGUGGUGAAAUUGAUUAGUGUAAAUAAUUGUAGCUUUAAAACUGAGAAUAAUAGUCAAUGGGUGUGCAAAGCUGCUUCGGGAUUUGAUAUUAAAUCAGCAUUUUUGAAAAUAAA